CGUGAAAAUACAAGUUAUGUUUGGGGUACUGUUACUAGAACAGAUGGUGCUUGGCAUUUGGGUACCGUGGCAGGGAGGAAAGGGCCAGAUUGCAGAAGUCCUUGCAUGCUAGGCAGAGAAGUAUGGAUUUGAUCCUGUAAAGCAAGUGAUAGCUGUCACAGGUUUUGAAAGCAGGGAGAUGAUGUAAUCAGCUAUGUUUCGGGAGAAAAGCUCAGGCGGCGGCGUGGCGGAGAGACUGGCUCCGGCACAGAUGGGCAGCAGGGCUCCCUGUUAUGAGGCUUUUGAAGUAGGUCAGGUGAGAGAUGAUGUUUGGGGCCUGCGCUAGGAGGAGGAAGAGUCCCAGUGUCAGUUCAGUACCUUCUGUUGUGCAUUUAGGGUGCAUUCGCUCAUGUCAUUGCUGCAGAGCACUUUUCAUGGAGUACGGCUGUCCUCACCCUCAUUUUGCAGAGAAGGAAAGGGGCUUAAAGUGCCCUGGCUUCGCUAAGUUGUGCUCGGGUCGACAGCCCUGUGCGACCGUGCUUUCACAGCAGAGGGAAUGAGAACGCAGAGGAGGGUGAGCCUGGGAGAUGAUUUUUGCAGCAGAGUGGAGGCCGAUCCCAGAACAGAGUAGGACUUCUUAGCCGCUGACUCAAGAAGAAAAAGAGUGUUGAAAAUGUUAAAAGCUGUGCUGAAGAAGAGCCGAGAGGGAGGCAAGGGGAGCAGGAAGGAAACAGGAGGUGACUUUGGUCCAGAGACGUCCCCCCAAGUCCUGCCCUCUGGCCAUGGUGGCGACUUUUCCGUGAGCAGCCUCCCUGUAGCAGAGGACACCUACAGGGUGAGCUUGGCCAAAGGUGUCUCCAUGUCUCUGCCUUCAUCACCUCUGCUGCCUCGACAGUCUCACUCAGUGCAAUCAAGAUCAAAUAAAAAAUCUCCAGGUCCCGUCAGGAAGCCCAAGUAUGUGGAAAGCCCCAGAGUGCCUGGAGAUGCAGUUAUAAUCCCGUUCCGAGAAGUGUCCAAGGCAGCAGAGCCCAGUGAGAAUGAAGCAAAGGCCGAUAAUGAACCGAGCUGUUCGCCAGCAGCUCAAGAACUGUUGACAAGGCUGGGAUUUUUACUGGGAGAAGGGAUCCCAAGUGCCACACACAUAACCAUUGAAGAAAACAAUGAGACCAUGCGCACAGCUCUGAGCCAAGGCAUCAGUCCUUGCUCCACACUAACCAGCAGCACCGCCUCUCCCAGCACCGAUAGCCCCUGCUCAACCUUGAAUAGCUGUGUCAGCAAGACGGCAGCCAACAAAAGUCCCUGUGAGACCGUUAGCAGCCCUAGUUCCACCCUGGAAAGCAAGGACAGUGGAAUUAUAGCCACCAUUACAAGUUCAUCCGAAAAUGAUGACCGGAGUGGCUCCAGUUUGGAAUGGAAUAAGGACGGAAGCCUAAGGUUAGGGGUACAGAAAGGAGUCCUUCAUGAUCGCAGGGCAGAUAAUUGCUCCCCAGUGGCAGAAGAGGAGCCCCCUGGGUCAGCGGAGAGCGUGCUGCCUGACACUGAAGCCUCAGUUGGAGAUGGUCCGGUCCCUUAUUCUCAGAGCUCCAACUCGCUAGUAAUGCCACGGCCCAACUCAGUUGCAGCGACAAGCUCCACCAAGUUGGAAGAUCUGAGUUAUUUAGACGGGCAGAGAAAUGCCCCUCUUCGAACGUCCAUUAGAUUGCCGUGGCACAAUACAGCCGGAGGUAGGGCACAGGAAGUUCAAGCACGAUUUGCUCCCUACAAGCCACAGGACAUUUUGUUGAAACCCCUGUUGUUUGAAGUACCAAGCAUAACAACAGACUCUGUGUUUGUGGGAAGGGAUUGGCUCUUUCACCAGAUAGAAGAAAACUUGAGGAACACAGAACUGACAGAAAAUAGAGGCGCCGUGGUUGUUGGAAAUGUGGGCUUUGGGAAGACAGCCAUCAUUUCUAAGCUGGUGGCACUUAGCUGCCACGGAAGCCGCAUGAGGCAGAUUGCUUCCAGCAGCCCCGGUUCACCGUCUAAAACUUUGGAUUCUUCCCAGGAUCUUCCUGUCACCCCACUGCUUUCACCAAGUUCUUCUGCAGGUGUUACCAACACAGCUAGAACACCCCCUGGGUUUGCGCCUGAUGCUCCUGAGAACCAGAGACCGAGAGAGGAUGCCGUAAAAUACCUUGCCUCAAAGGUCGUGGCCUACCACUACUGCCAAGCCGACAACACAUACACGUGCCUGGUGCCCGAGUUCGUGCACAGCAUCGCAGCCCUGCUGUGCCGGUCCCAGCAGCUGGCCGCCUACAGGGACCUCCUGAUAAAGGAGCCCCAGCUCCAGAGCGUGCUGAGCCUCAGGUCCUGCGUGCAGGACCCCGUGGCCGCCUUCAGGAGGGGUGUGCUGGAACCACUCACCAGCCUAAGAAACGAGCAGAAAAUUCCUGAAGAAGAAUACAUUAUUUUGAUAGAUGGCUUAAACGAGGCUGAGUUUCAUAAGCCUGACUAUGGAGAUACGCUUUCUUCAUUUAUUACCAAAAUUAUUUCUAAAUUUCCUGCCUGGCUGAAGUUGAUUGUGACUGUAAGAGCGAAUUUUCAGGAAAUCGUAAGCACGCUGCCCUUCGUCAAGCUUUCCUUAGAUGACUUCCCGGACAACAAGGACAUUCACAGUGACCUGCAUGCCUACGUCCAGCACCGGGUCCACAGCAGCCAGGACAUCCUCAGCAACAUCUCCCUGAACGGCAAGGCCGACGCCGCCCUGAUCGGCAAAGUGAGCAGCCACCUGGUGCUGCGGAGCCUGGGCUCCUACCUGUACCUCAAACUCACCCUGGACCUCUUCCAGAGGGGACACCUGGUCAUCAAGAGCGCCAGCUACAAGGUGGUGCCCGUGUCUCUGUCCGAGCUCUAUCUGCUGCAGUGCAACAUGAAGUUCAUGACCCAGUCCGCCUUCGAGAGAGCGCUGCCCAUUCUGAACGUGGCCCUGGCGUCCCUCCACCCCAUGACUGACGAGCAGAUCUUCCAGGCUAUUAAUGCAGGCCACAUACAAGGGGAGCAGGGGUGGGAGGACUUCCAGCAGAGGAUGGAGGCACUCUCCUGCUUCCUCAUUAAGAGGCGAGACAAGACCCGCAUGUUCUGCCACCCGUCCUUCAGGGAGUGGCUCGUUUGGAGAGCAGAUGGCGAGAACACAGCCUUCCUGUGUGAGCCCAGGAAUGGGCAUGCUCUCCUGGCCUUCAUGUUCUCUCGACAAGAGGGCAAGCUGAACCGCCAGCAGACCAUGGAGCUUGGCCACCACAUUCUGAAGGCACACAUUUUCAAGGGCCUCAGUAAGAAGACAGGAAUCUCUUCGAGUCACCUCCAAGCCCUGUGGAUCGGUUACAGCACCGAGGGGCUCUCUGCUGCCCUCGCCUCCCUCAGGAACCUCUACACUCCCAAUGUGAAGGUGAGCCGUCUCCUGAUUUUGGGAGGGGCCAACGUGAACUACAGGACAGAAGUGUUAAAUAACGCCCCAAUCCUGUGCGUCCAGUCCCACCUCGGCCAUGAGGAGGUGGUCACUCUGCUCCUGGAAUUUGGCGCCUGCCUGGAGGGAACGUCGGAGAAUGGCAUGACCGCUCUCUGCUAUGCCGCAGCUGCUGGCCAUAUGAAGCUGGUGUGUCUGCUGACCAAGAAGGGUGCCAGGGUGGACCACUUGGAUAAGAAAGGCCAGUGCGCCCUGGUGCACAGCGCACUGAGGGGCCACGGCGACAUUCUCCGGUACCUGCUGACCUGUGAGUGGUCGGCGGGCCCUUCCCAGCCGGGCGCGCUGCGGAAGAGCCAAGCCCUGCAGCAGGCGCUGACGGCAGCCGCCAGCAUGGGCCACAGCUCGGUGGUCCAGUGCUUGCUGGGGCUGGAGAAGGAGCACGAAAUAGACGUCAAUGGCACUGAUGCGCUGUGGGGAGAAACAGCCCUGACUGCCGCUGCCGGAAGAGGCAAGCUGGAGGUGUGCGAGCUGCUGCUGGAGCACGGAGCUGCUGUGUCCCGGACCAACAGGAGAGGGGUCCCACCUUUGUUCUGUGCGGCACGCCAGGGGCACUGGCAGAUUGUUAGACUGCUUUUGGACCGCGGCUGUGACGUGAGCCUAAGUGACAAGCAGGGCCGGACGCCCCUUAUGGUGGCCGCUUGUGAAGGACACUUGAGCACCGUGGAAUUUCUCCUUUCAAAAGGUGCCGCACUUUCUUCUCUGGACAAAGAGGGGCUGUCGGCCUUAAGCUGGGCUUGUCUGAAAGGUCACAGAGCAGUGGUCCAGUUCCUGGUUGAGGAAGGAGCCGAGAUAGACCAGACGGACAAGAAUGGCCGCACUCCCUUGGACCUGGCCGCCUUCUACGGUGACGCGGAGACGGUGCUGUAUCUGGUCGAGAAGGGAGCCGUGAUCGAGCAUGUGGACCACAGCGGCAUGCGCCCCCUGGACAGAGCCAUUGGUUGUCGAAACACAUCCGUAGUGGUUACACUGCUGAGAAAAGGAGCCAAAUUAGGAAAUGCUGCCUGGGCAAUGGCCACUUCCAAGCCUGAUAUUUUGAUUAUACUUUUACAGAAGUUGAUGGAGGAAGGAAACAUGAUGUACAAAAAAGGGAAGAUGAAAGAGGCAGCCCAGAGGUACCAGUAUGCCUUAAGGAAGUUUCCCCGGGAAGGAUUUGGAGAGGAUAUGAGGCCAUUCAAUGAAUUAAGAGUUUCUCUCUAUCUCAAUUUGUCUCGCUGCCGGAGAAAAACAAAUGACUUUGGCAUGGCAGAAGAAUUUGCUUCCAAGGCUCUCGAAUUGAAACCAAAGUCCUAUGAAGCCUUUUAUGCCAGGGCAAGAGCGAAGAGAAAUAGCAGGCAGUAUGUGGCGGCCCUGGCUGACCUACGGGAAGCUGUGAAACUGUGUCCCACCAAUCAGGAAAUCAAGAGGCUCCUGGCCCGUGUGGAGGAGGAAUGCAAGCAAGUCCAGAGGAGCCAACAGCAGAAACAGCAGGGCCCACCACCAGCGCCACCCAACGACUCCGAUAACGAAGAGGACACCCCGACCCCUGGCUUGAACGACCACUUCCAUCUCGAGGAGGCCGAAGAAGAAGAAACUUCCUCCCAGGAAGAGUCCGUUUCCCCGACGCCCAGGCCUCAGCCACCCUCGUGUGUCCCCUCCCCGUACAUCCGAAACCUUCAGGAAGGCUUGCAGUCCAGAGUCAGGCCGGUGUCCCCGCAGAACAGGCCGGGGGUCGGGAAGGUGCCGAGGGAGGCCGUGGCUCCGCCGGGGCUGGUGAUGCAGCCCACGCGGCAGGCGCAGAUAGUGAAGACCAGCCAGCGUCCGGGGCCUGGGCAGGCGGGCGUGCGAAGCGGCAGCACCAAAAUGCAGGUCUCCGCUCAGACUCCUUCCCCGAGCCCUCUGCCGGGGGGGAUGGCGGCCGCUCCUGCCGGCGGCAGAAACCAGCGUCUGGAGGGCACAGGUACUUUGACCGUGGGAGCUGGUUCCGGCCAUUUCGGAGAGCGGCUGGGCCCCAGCCACGGCGUCCAGCGGCCGCUCGGCGAGGGGGCUGCUGCCUAUCCUUUACCCAGCAAGAUAAAAACUGCGGAGAGGCUUCUGUCUCAUGCCCCCAUUGCUGUGGACGUGGCUCCUUUAAACCAGGGCGGGCUGGCCAGCCGCGGCGACGGGCGACAUCCCGCUUCCCUGAGCUCUGGCUCUUCUGGCUCUCCGUCCGGCAGCAUCAAGAUGUCAAGCUCCACCAGCAGUCUGACGUCAAGCAGCAGUUUUUCCGACGGCUUCAAGGGCCAAGGACCGGACGUUCGCAUUAAAGACAAGGCUGUUAACCCGGUGCAGAGCGGCACAGCGGAGCACAGGCCGCGCAACACUCCGUUCAUGGGCAUCAUGGAUAAGACCGCGAGGUUCCAGCAGCAGAGCAAUCCCCCCGGCCGCGCCUGGCACUGUCAGCUGCCGGAGGGGCUCCUGACGAACGCGACCUCCGCAGCCGGCCUGCAGUCCUUGAACUCGGAGAAGCCCUCUCUUAAACAAGCGGGAGGAUACGCUAGCCAAGCCAAAACCUGUUCUGUUUCUACCCUGGGUGGCAGUGUCCACAAUGGGGCACCGGGGAAGGAGCUGGAAGAGAAGAAAUGCCAAACGGCAGUCCACUGUCAAGAUAACAGGAUCGCCAAGACUGUAUCUCAUCUAUAUCAGGAGAGCAGCUCUAAACAGCAGCCUCACGUCAGUAACGAAGCCCACAGGAGUCACCUCCCUUCAGCCAAACCAAAGCGAUCAUUCAUAGAGUCAAAUGUGUGAGCCUUAAGAGAGAACCACAUGUGGGAUUGGGAAAACAGUGUGCUAGCUCCUGGUGGUAAUUAAAAGGUUUUUCAUGAGAAAAAUUACCUGUCAGCUAUGUUUUUUUUUUUCUUUUUUCCUUGAGGGCAGAUCAGGUGCCAUUGAUACAUUCAAAAAAUGUGGGAUAAAAUUUCUUUGAUAAAUAGCUAGGAGUCACCAUAAAUAAAAAUGUUAACCAGAAUUAAAAACUAUAACUAGUUAUGCAUAUUCAGUUAAACAUUUAAAAAUGCCAAGAAGACAUUAACUUAUGCUUUUCUCUAUGAAAUGGUUUGGUUUCUAUCACGUUUCUCUUAGCCUUUGCUAUGUGGGAAAAUUGUACUAUUUCUUAGAGAAUGUCAGUGUCUAGUGAUAGGUCUAACUCAUGGCACAAUGUUCAGAUGAUGUAUUCUGGAAAAGAUGGAAUUUUCAAGUUUCAGUUCCAUUGAGUCAAAUUCCAAUUUUUUAUACAUAAAUAUAUAAAAGUUUCUAGCUGAACAUAAAUGUGACUAUAAAUGUUAUACAGCUGAUUUUUUUCUGUUUUUCUAAGCAAAAUACGAGAACAUCCAAGUAUUGCUCCCUGAGUAAUCGUUCCCUUAAGAGGAUUAAACAUUUAGUUCCAUGUUCUGGUUCUCAUUAAAAAUAUUUUUAUAGCACCUUUUUUGGAACUAUAUUCCCACUUCAAGGUGUUUUUAACAUUUGGAAAUAGCGUAAGCCAUUUAGAAUCAUGAUUGGUGGUUUUAGGCUAAAGUUGGAUUUAGGCUAAAAUACCAAGGAUACAGCACUGUUAAUAACGUAAAUUCGCUCUCAGCUGGUUCCCAGACUGCUUUUAACAAUGAUCGCAGUCCUGGAACAGGUGUUCCCAUGUCCUUUAAGGACAGUAUUGGAUUUGGAUACUUAAAGUAUGGUUGGUCGUUGCUUUUGUUUCAUUAUACAAUCAUGACUUUAUAGUCACAUGUUGUACAUAUUAGAUAGGCAAGUUGUAUUCAGACUUGUAAAUAUAACUAUUUCAAGUAGUUAAUCAUAAAAAAGCUCAUAUAUUUGCAUGUUCUUGGUAAGCUUCCUUCAUGCUGGUUAUUGCACUGAACAAUGUUAUUAAGGCAUGUUAACAGUAUACCAGUAACAGCACUUUAUCUCAUUUAUAUGAACACCUUUGAGGUGCUACUAAGUCCAAACUGAUGUAUUAUUCCUUUGUAAAAAUAAGGUACAAGAAUGAACCUUGGUUUAAAGGUAUUUUUAUACGAAAAUGGUGUGCUAUUGGAGGAUGUGAAAAUGCUAAAUUGAGAGAAGUGGGAGUAUAGUUGUUUUAUAUGUCGGGAUGUGAAAUUUAUUUUCUAGAAUUGGGGAGAAGGAAGUUCUAUAUUUACAGAAUGUUUUAAAAAUGAAUAGUUGUCUUGAAGUUCUUGUGAGCAUCCUUAUGGUUUUGUGUGAACAGGAGGUCUUCUGGUGUCAUUCUUCAACAUUUGUUCCUGAGUGUGUAAGCGUACUUUGUACAGCUCUCUGGUUUUUAUAGGCUUUCCAUGAGUUCUGCUAUAAUUACUAUGGCUUAUUUAUUGUUCAUUGUUUUCUUUAAUAUUUGUGAAAGUCUUACUCUUUCUUUAUGUAGUUUUGUUUCUGCACAACUACUGUACUUUUCCAUAUGGAAUAAAGAGUAUUAAUAGAA